AUGACUGUAGAUGCCGUUUUGGGUGUGUGGAGGAAUGUGGCCAUGCCCUUGUGGAGUUUCUUCAAGGACACAAGGAAUGUUUUCAAGAAGGAUGAGUUGGGUUUGGAGAUAUCACAGAUUGCAUUACCUGCAGCACUGGCUUUAACAGCAGACCCUAUUGCUUCUCUAGUCGACACAGCUUUCAUCGGCCAUAUAGGUCCUGUGGAGCUUGCUGCUGUUGGAGUUGCUAUUGCCAUUUUUAAUCAAGUAUCAAAGAUUGCGAUAUUCCCACUCGUUAGUAUUACAACUUCUUUUGUUGCUGAGGAAGAUACUGCUGUAAGUUUGAGAGGUGAAGCAAAGGAAAUUGAAGUUAUGGAAAUGGGUCCCACUGUAGAUGAUGAAAGGGAUGAACUGAUACCAAAACUUGGGUUUACAAACAAGGUGUCGCCCACCAUCAGCAGUCACAUAAAAUUGUCUGAAGGCAGGAAUCAGAAAAGGCAUGUUUCUUCAGCUUCAUCAGCAUUAGUGAUCGGAAGUGUGCUUGGUCUCAUCCAAGCUUUAUUUCUCAUUUUUGCAUCAGAACCAAUAUUGAACUACAUGGGUGUAAAAUCUGAUUCACCUAUGCUCAAGCCAGCACAACAAUACUUAAUACUAAGGUCGCUUGGUGCCCCUGCUGUUCUUCUCUCUUUGGCCAUGCAAGGGGUCUUCCGAGGAUUUAAGGAUACAAAAACUCCUCUAUACGCCACCAUGGUUGGAGACAUCGCGAACAUCAUUUUGGACCCUAUAUUUAUUUUCCUAUUCGGUAUGGGUGUUAGUGGUGCUGCUAUUGCCCAUGUUAUUUCCCAGUACAUUAUCUCCCUGAUACUCAUGUGGAGACUAAUGGAUCAAGUUUAUCUCUUACCUCCAAGUGUUAAAGAUCUACAACUUGGUCGGUUUCUUAAGAACGGUUCUCUGCUAUUAAUGAGGGUAAUAGCAGCAACAUUCUGUGUAACGCUGGCAGCAUCAUUGGCUUCGAGGCUGGGAUCUACGUCUAUGGCUGCCUUUCAGGUUUGCUUGCAGGUUUGGCUGGCAACCUCUUUGCUUGCAGACGGGUUGGCUGUGGCUGGACAAGCUAUUCUUGCAAGUGCAUUUGCAAAGAACGAUCAUGACAAGGUCAAGGCCACUGCUUCUCGUGUAUUGCAGAUGGGUUUGGUUUUGGGGCUAGUUCUGUCAGUCGUUGUUGCAAUUGUAUUACAGUUUGCAUCUGGACUAUUCACAAAGGAUGUACAUGUUCUACGCCAUUUAAGUUUAGGCAUCCCGUUUGUUGCAGUGACCCAACCAAUUAAUUCUCUGGCAUUUGUUUUUGAUGGAAUCAACUUCGGAGCAUCCGAUUUUGCUUAUUCUGCCUACUCCAUGGUUUCGGUGGCAAUAGUGAGCAUCCUAUGCUUAUUUGUUCUAUUCUCAAGCCAUGGUUUUGUGGGCAUAUGGGUUGCUUUAUCAAUUUUCAUGAGUUUGCGGGCAUUAGCGGGCUGUUUGAGGAUGGGGACUAGAACGGGACCUUGGGGCUUUCUCAAAGGAUGA